CAGCACUACAGAAAUUGCAAUUAAAUUACAUCCACUAAUUAGCAUCAAAGUUAGAAACGGGUGUGCCUUGUUAUAGAGUGUUGAAUUUUAAAUACAUAUUUGUUAAUUCACUGGAUCAUGUCUCAUGACUGAUUUUUUUCCUUGCAUUUUUCUUGAAGAAUCUACAAGCAGAGUUAAAGAACAUGUCACAAGAAAGAGACGAGCUUAGGAGUGAAGCGAAAUCGUUCGAAAACCAACUGAAUGCAGUGGCAGUAGAAAAAGCUGCUCUUUACAAGGAUUUUCAAUCUGUGAUGGAUCAGUUGUCAGAGCUGAAAGAGAAUCUUCAAGUGGAACAGAAGGAAAAAGAGGAAUUAAACCACAGAUUGGAUGACGUCACUCAAGAAAAGAGUAAUUUGCUCAGCAAAGUCUCGAGUUUGGAUGAGAGUAUUUCAUCAGCUGAUCAAGAUAGAAAAAUAUUGGAAGAUAAGAUGAAUGCGCUUACAGAGGGAAAGGAUGAAGUUGAAAAGAAACUGGCGUCGGUGACGAAGAGUUUAGAAACAGAAAAGCAGGUUUGUCGUGUUAGGAAUUUGAGUGUCGGCUCGUUGACUCUGGGGAUGAAGUCGAUGUGGUCUUUCUCUUUUUAGAAACUAAAAGUGAACUGAAGACUAAAUCACAGGGUUGCCACAGGUCAGAAAAUGGUCAGGGAAAAAAGUUCUUCGAGGUCAGCGAAA